GCACCUAGAUUGUAUUUUAAUAUGACAUUGACACAUGUCAUAAUUAAAUUUAGUUUUAAACUUAAAUUGAUGAAAACAAGAUGAAUAAACCAACAAAAAGGACGUUUGUAAGAAACACGGAACAAAAAUUACCCGAAAUAACCGUAAAAACAACCCAAUCAGUGCUUAAAAAACCAUCUUCAACAACUCAACGAAAAACAACUCAAUUACAUCAAAAAACGGUUAAUUUCAACGAACCUAAGUUAAAUUCUUCCAAGAAAAUCAUCAAAGAUAUUUGUGCGAUUCAAAACGCGAUUAAAACCGAAAAAAAUGUAAAAAAGUCGGAGGUAUUAGAAUAUAAAAUUACGAAACGUAUGAAUUUUCCAAUCGACAAAGUAAUUUAUAAAAAUUUAGUGCCAUUAUGUACAAAGAAGGAGCCACCUUGUUAUAGAUCCCCACGGGAGCCUUUACCAAAAAAAGACAUCGAGCCGAAAUUAAGCGAUUAUUGUGAUCCCUUAAAAACGUUUAAUUACGUUUUCAAAGUUGAUGUGCCACCGAUUAGAUCUGAAACAGAGGAGGAAGGUGUUAAAUUUGACGGUUGUUGUUUAACGAAACAUUUAAUGUUGUGGGAGGAAGAACCGGAGUUGAUAGAAAAUUCUGUUUUGGUUUCUGAAUUGAUAUCGAAAUUAAGCAAAGAAAAAUGAAAUAAAUUUACAAUUCAAAAUUUUAAUACAAAAUACCUUAAUAUGAAAAGAAAAUUGUAUAAUUACAUUCGAAACAUCUUACCAAAACUUAUCGUUAAAAAACGACUGAUAUGAAUGGAAAAACACUCAAAAAGCCUUAGCUUAUCAGAAACAAAGACGACGUUGCGAUAAAAAAAUUGUAAUGAAGGCUGCUGAAUUAGAUUAACCUCAAUCGUAAGUUGUAAACAUAACUUAACAAUAAAAUAAACAAGUAAAUAUUA